CGCUUCUUGUUUUCAGUCAUCGUUUCGGCGCUGCGCGUAUCGUAGCAGUGGAGCGAAAUUAGCGGCGCGAGUUCACCACCGGUACGCACGCUCGGCGGCACGCGCAUUCACUCUGCUCCUACUUCUCUGCCGUGAAGCGUGUACAUUUUGCGCGCGGCAUUUCAAAUCGCACCUUCGUGCGAUACACACAGUCUACCGUUUGCUGACAAGAAGUGAUAGAUAACAACCGUCAAGAUGCCGUCGGAAAAAUCGGUCUACCUUCCCGAUAAGAAUCUCGCGAAGAACGCGCACAUUUCCACAUUCGCGCAGUACAAAGAAUUGUACCAGCAAUCGAUUGACAACCCCGAAGAGUUCUGGGGCGAUAUCGCCAAACAGUUUCACUGGGAGAGUCCGAUCAAUUACGAUCGCUUUUUCACCUACAAUUUCGACAUUUGCAAGGGUCCUAUUUUCACCAAAUGGUUGGACGGUGCCACCACUAACAUUUCCUAUAAUUUGUUGGAUCGCAACGUCCGUAAUGGUCACGGCGAUAAAGUCGCUUUCUAUUGGGAAGGCAAUCAUCCCGACGAUUAUAGCCGCUUGACAUACAAAAAGUUGUUGGAGGAAGUAUGUCGUUUCGCAAAUGUGCUAAAAAGCAAAGGCAUCAAGAAGGGCGAUCGUGUUGCUGUCUAUAUGCCUAUGAUUCUCGAAUCGAUUGUGGCGAUUUUGGCUUGCAGUCGCAUUGGCGCCGUUCAUUCACUCGUGUUUGCAGGAUUCUCGGCAGAUUCCUUUGCCGAACGAAUUACGGACUGCCAAGCGCGUGUUCUGAUCACCGCUGAUGGCGUCUGGCGCGGGGAGAAACAUCUCGCGUUGAAGAAUAUUUGCGACCAAGCUAUGGACAAAUGCUCGAAGAAUGGCUUCAAUGUGGAAUAUUGUUUCGUCAUCUCUCAUCUGGAACGCGUCACCGAUCCGACCGGCAAAGCGGCGUCUAACCAGACAAAUAAAAUUAAGAUGCAGGAAGGCCGUGAUAUUUGGUGGCAUGACAUCGUCCCACAAGCGUCUACAAGCUGCUAUCCCGAAUGGAUGCAAGCUGAGGAUCCAUUAUUUAUGCUGUACACAUCCGGUUCGACCGGAAAGCCCAAGGGCGUCCUGCACACCACUGGAGGGUACUUACUGUACGCUGCCACUACAUUCAAAUACGUAUUCGACUAUCAUCCAAAUGAUGUCUACUGGUGCACUGCUGACAUUGGUUGGAUCACUGGUCAUACCUAUGUUGUAUAUGGUCCGUUGGCCAAUGGUGCAACCUCUGUAUUGUACGAAGGUACACCAUUCUACCCCGAUAACGACCGUUUCUGGGGAGUGGUGGAGAAGUACAAGGUGAAUCAAUUCUACACAGCUCCAACGGCCAUCCGUGCUCUCAUGAAAUUCGAGGACGAUCUGGUGACGAAACAUGAUUUAUCAUCCUUGAAAGUCCUGGGUUCUGUCGGCGAACCGAUAAAUCCCGAGGCCUGGAUGUGGUAUUAUAAAUUGGUUGGAGGCGAAAAAUGCUCGAUUGUAGAUACGUUCUGGCAGACAGAGACCGGCGGGCACGUAUUGACGCCGUUACCCGGCGCAACGCCGAUGAAACCAGGCGCGGCGUCAUUCCCGUUCUUCGGUGUGCAGCCAGUGCUAUUAGACGAGUCCGGAAAAGAAAUUCAAGGCGAAGGCGAAGGAUAUUUAGUGUUCUCCCGACCUUGGCCUGGCAUGAUGCGAACACUAUACAACAACCAUGAUCGUUAUGAGACGACGUACUUCUCGAAAUUCCCCGGAUAUUAUUGCACUGGCGAUGGCGCUCGUAGAGAUGCGGACGGAUACCUUUGGGUGACAGGACGCGUCGACGACAUGCUCAACGUUUCGGGACAUUUGAUGUCCACUGCUGAGGUGGAAUCAGUUCUCACUGAGCAUGCUGGUGUGGCAGAGGCAGCCGUCGUUGCUAAACCACAUCCAGUCAAGGGUGAAUGUCUUUAUUGCUUCAUUACAACCAACGAUGGUGUCCAGUAUGAUCAAACACUACUCAAUGAGUUAAAGAAAUUGGUGCGUGAGCGCAUUGGUCCAUUCGCACAACCAGACGUCGUGCAGAACGCACCCGGUUUGCCGAAGACGCGAUCCGGCAAAAUUAUGCGUCGAAUAUUGCGUAAGGUGGCGGUGAACGACCGUGACGUUGGUGAUAUUAGCACAUUGGCCGAUAGCGGCGUAGUUGAGGAGUUGUUUGCAAAUCGGCCAGUAAACGCAUAAAUUGUUUCAUGAAACAAUUGGUUAAGCUUGUUAAUAUUUAUUUCUAUCGAUUGUUUUUUUUGUAAAGUUAAUAUAGUGGAGUAUAGAUAUUGUUUCCGUUAUGUAUGUCUACGGAAAUGCACAUGACGUAGGCAAUAUUAUGUCCGUGCACACCUAAACGUGUUAUCAGUAAAUGUUGGCGAAUAUGUAUUUCCAACUGCACAAACAGUUGUGUUACUCACAGUGGUGAUGUGUGGUACUAAUAUUACGUAAUAUUUUGAAAUUACACGUUUACCAAAUUACUAAACUAAACUAAUUUGACAACAACAUAAAUUCCCUCAAAUUUUGAGGAAGUAUAAUUAUGUUGACAAUGAAAAUUGACUACGACUUGUUUUUACGACGUCCGAAACACGCGCCACUCGAAUUGUGAAGUUUAAUUGUUAAGUUUGAUGAUAGAUCUUUAGUUAUAUAGGGAUCACGAAUAAAAAUAAUUAUACUUACAUAUAUACAAAUAUACAACAGACAAAACUGAGAACAGCGAAUAUAAUACAUUAGAAGUAUGUAAACUAAUUUAGGUUCGAAUGGGACGCACACAUUGUACGAGAUAAAGGAGCACAGAAUUGUUACACAAACGAUUUUACUAUAGAUUAGCAUAUGUUAUUGAAAACACAAAGAGAAAGAUCAACAUGGAUGCUGGCGAUGUUAGUUUGCACGACGUGACAAAUACAUUGAUUCUAGGUGUACUUAAUGAAUGUUGUUUCCCAUUGCCUUGUUCACAAAACAUAUCAUUUCUUAUGGAUUGAGAUAUACGGAAAUGUUAGAGGAUAAAACUAUUAUAAUGUAUAAAUGUGUAUAUACAGGAAAAUAUAUAACAAAGUAUAUAACAUGUGAAACAAUGACAAAUAAAAUUAUUUUAGCUGUAA